GCAGGAAUUGCUUCUCCCGGGCGCUCCUCCAGGAUGGACAAAUUGCACGAGACGCUGAUAAAUAUGGAAGAUGCUUUGGGUUCGGAGCACUCCGUCUGCUUAUCUUCCUGGGACUGGAAAAAUACCACCGGGGCUUUUGAGCUGCACCCUGUCUCCUCUCCACACAGCUUGUCCCCAACUCCGUCCUUUGAGUCCUACUCCUCAUCCCCUUGCCCAGCAGCGGCAGAGACCCCCUACGGUGGUGGCAGCCUGGUGGGAUAUGGCCUGGUGGACUUCCCCCCUGCCUACCUGCCCAGCCCCGGGCAGGCCCGGCUGCCCAAGGGCACCAAGGUGCGGAUGUCAGCCCAGCGCCGAAGGAAGGCCAGCGAGAGGGAGAAGCUGCGGAUGAGGACCCUGGCGGAUGCACUACACACUCUGCGUAACUACCUGCCCCCCACCUACAGCCAGCGGGGCCAGCCCCUCACCAAAAUACAGACCCUGAAGUACACCAUCAAGUACAUCAGUGAACUGACGGAGCUCCUCAACAGCGUCAAGCGGGCGUAGACCCCACCUGGAACAUCUGCCGUUCUGCCCCCUGGCUCUGCUGUGGAAGAGCCUUUACAAAAAAACAAACAAAACCAGCAAAAUUUCUUCUUCACCGGAGUAUUGUGACACGGGGUGCCAGCGGAGCAAGAGGGAGGGGGAG